AGAUUGUUUUAGUGGGGUGAGAAUUGGGGUUUGAUUCCAUGUGGUGUCUCUGUUUAAUAUGUCAUACCUGAAAAGUUAAAGAACCAAUACAGAGUAAUCAGGGACCCUAUUUAUUUUGACUCCACUACAUACCAGAGGGAGAUCAUAGAUAUUUAUCUGAUAGCUUUAGGUAUAAGUUUAGAAAUUAAUUAAUGAUUGUUGCACACAACCUUAAAAUAUACAAAUACGGAUGACAUAAUAAGGAUACAAUGAUUUGACAAUUUGUUAUCAUAAAUACAAUUAUAAUAUGCUAAUAACAAUUGGAUGCCAACUGUAGAGAGCUCAUGAAGUAUGUUCCAGGAGGAAAUUACUUAACAGACAUGAACAAGUUACUAUUCCCGAAUCCGGAAUUGCUUAAAAUUAUUAAACUAUCAGCAACUUUAACUUGAGUUAUAACCCCGUUGCCCACAAUGCUCAAGAGAGCAAAUUCGGUCUUGAAGGCAUUGACAUCUUCUUUAGUUACGAAGUAUCUAAGAUAUGACUUUUUGUAGUCCAUCAUUGGAACAUUGUAGUUUCACCGCUGCAGACUGACGUCACCAACGUGCGCCUGCCAUCGCGUCAUAACUCCGUGGUUCAGUGAAAGUGGAGUCGGAUUCUUUGAACACCGCGGUUGUCUUUUCUUACUUCUUAUAAAUUAUCCUUCCCAUCUUUCCUUGACCCCGUGACGUUUUCCACAGAGAUCAAGAAAAAGUGGUUAGACGGUCAUUUGUUACUAUUCGACCGCAACCUGAGAAGUACCUGUAUGUGUCUGGUCCACACUCCGAGGCAGAAGGUGGCGUCAUUUACUUCUUACUGCUGGACUGCCAGAAAUCCAGAUGAGGGACAGAAGAGGGAGGGAGUCCUCUCCGCAAUCUCUCCACCGUAUCGUUAACUAGCUUCAACCAGCCACUACCCACCAGUUCGCUAUGUUCCCGCGCACAGACGAGAACCGAGACACUCCAAGGCUUCUGAAGAAUGGCGCCCAGUCAGCGGGACAUUGUGACUUACCGACUCUAAUGGACACUCGUGUCCACACCCAGCAGUAACAACCGCAGCUGGCGAAGCAAGCGGUUAGCAACGAGCGCACAGCCGUCAUCCCGGAAGGCCGCCGCCCCGCACCGGGAUUUAACUUUCAAUCAGUGACUGAAUCAACACAAAGUCGAUAGCCAAUGAUUAUUUGAUAUUUAUCACAUAUUGGUAAGAAUGGAUUCCUCUUUGGGGAUAAGCGACGACGUGUGCUUGGCAACGGCAAAAGUUCAGGAGCUGAGGGCUGGCCAGAAGGAGCCCAGACUACUGUCACUAAUUGAGCGCAGGGGAGAGUUUAUAUUGGGUGUUUUGGCCACCCCUGAUGCUGUUGUGUCUCGUCCAGUGCCUCAGCUGUCUAUACCCAUCAAUGGUCAUUUUGAAAUUGUGCGAGAGGCUGAAGAGGCUCUUCUUAUUAACUUCUCAGUAGCUUCCGGAGUUAGGAUACGAAUCAAAGGAGAAAAGGCUCCAGAGCUGCUGUUGGAAUUCCAGAAUGAUGAGCGGACUCAGACUUUCUUAGCCCAGGUGCAGAGUGCUCAACAAGUUGAAUCCAAACUCCCGAAGCCCAAAGCAAUGGAGCCCCUUGGCCCAACAGCCCUGAGAGGUCAUGUCCCCAUCCCACCGCAAAGAGCAAACAAGACGGCUACCUCUGUGGGCUCUGGAGUCAACCCACCAAAAUCUACCAAUGCACUGCCUCCCAACCUCAACAAUAGCAGGUCAACAAAUCAGACUAACACAGAUCCAGUUAAAUCACUUGCCUCAGACUUUGGCUUUGAAGACAACUUCAAUCACACUCUUAAAGUGGAGGAAAAGAAGAACCACCAGAAUCGCAUAGUUGCUGUAAGGGAGCCUCCUCCGGUCCCCCCUCUACCUCCACGCAAAGCCUCCUCCACUCCAUCCAAUCCUCUGCCUCCUCUACCAGUCUCUAAAGACAGAGCGGUCUCCCUACAGUCCAAAGACAACUCCAAACCAGAUAGUUUUAGGUCAGGGUAUGACCGCGUGGAUAGGCCAUCGUCUUGGUGCGACAGUCCCACCACCAACAGCAUGAGGCAGGCCAUGUUUUCCAGCGAGGCAGGACAAAGAGAAUACCUCAUCAAACACCGCCUGGGCAAGAGGGAGAAGGAGUAUGUGGACAUCCAGUCCUUCAGGUUUUUCACAGGUACGUGGAACGUGAACGGCCAAGCUCCAGACAGCAGCCUGGAGCCGUGGCUCUGCUGUGACGCAGAACCUCCUGAUAUUUAUGCUCUGGGUUUUCAAGAAUUGGACUUGAGCACUGAAGCUUUCUUCUACAUGGACUCGUCCAAGGAACAUCUUUGGGUGGAAGCAAUGGAGAGGAGCUUGCACCCGAAAGCCAAGUACAAGAAGGUCCGAAUCAUACGUCUUGUUGGGAUGAUGCUUGUGGUUUUUGUGAAAAAGAUUCACAAGAAUCAUAUAAAAGAAGUGGCUGCAGAGCAUGUGGGGACCGGAAUCAUGGGGAAAAUGGGGAACAAAGGAGGUGUGGCAGUGAGGUUUGUUUUCCACAACACUAGCUUCUGCAUCGUCAACUCCCAUCUAGCAGCACACGUGGAAGAUUUUGAGCGCCGCAACCAGGACUAUAAAGACAUCUGUGCCCGCAUGACCUUCCACUUACUGGACCACCCCCCUCUCAGUAUCGUCAAGCAUGAGGUCGUGAUCUGGCUCGGGGAUCUAAACUAUCGUCUGUUCAUGUACAAUUCUGCUGAGGUCAAACAGCACAUUUCUCAGAAUGAGCUAAAAAAGCUUCAGGAGGUUGAUCAGUUAAACAUCCAGAGGCAGACAAAGAGAGCCUUCACCGACUUCAUGGAGGGAGAGAUCAACUUCCUCCCCACAUACAAGUACGACCCCAAAACGGAUCGAUGGGAUUCAAGCGGGAAGUGCCGUGUACCGGCUUGGUGUGACAGAAUCUUAUGGAGAGGGAAGGAUGUCAAGCAGCUGAAAUAUCGAAGUCACAUGGAGCUGCAAACUAGUGACCACAAACCCGUCAGUGCUCUCUUCGUUGUUGGGGUUAAGGUGGCAAAUGAGCAGCGCCACAAAAAGGUGUUUGAGGAGAUUGUUCGGGCGAUGGACAGAAUGGAGAAUGAUUUCCUUCCAUCCGUAACUCUGAACAGGAGAGAGUUUACAUUUGGUAAUGUGAGAUUCCGGCAGCUUCAGAAGGAGCCCUUUCAAAUAACAAACGACGGGCAGGUCCCCUGUCACUUUGCCUUCAUCCCCAAACUCAAUGACUCUCAGUACUGUAAGCCCUGGCUCCGCGCCGAGCCAAGCGAUGGAUUCCUAGAGCCGAACGAGACAUUGGAGAUCUAUCUGGAGGUGUAUGUCAGUAAGGACUCGGUCACGCUACUGAACUCUGGAGAGGAUGCCAUCGAGGACAUUCUGGUGCUCCACCUGGACCGUGGAAAAGACUACUUCAUUACCAUCUCUGGCAACUACCUGCCUAGCUGCUUUGGCACCUCACUGGAGACUCUGUGCCGGAUGAAGAAGCCCAUCAGAGAGAUCCCCAUCACCAAACUAAUUGACCUGGAAGAGGACAGCUUCAUGGAAAAGGAAAAGUCAAAAAUGAGUUUCCUGAUUGUGGAUGGUGCAAGUACCGAGGACAAACCUCUGAAGAUCCCCAAAGAAGUCUGGAUUCUUGUCAACCAUCUCUUCACCAAGUCCUGUGAGCAGGAGGACUUGUUCCAGACACCAGGACUACAAGAGGAGCUGCAGAGCAUCAUCGAGUGUCUGGACACCAGCAUCCCAGACUCCAUCUCUGGUUGUAACCACUCUGUUGCUGAGGCUCUGUUGAUCUUCGUGGAGGCCUUGCCAGAGCCCGUGGUGUGUUAUGAACUCUACCAACGGUGCCUGGACUGCGCUCAUGACAGCCGCCUCUGCAAACAGCUGAUCUCCCAGUUGCCCCGAGCUCACCGCAACGUGUUUCGCUACUUAAUGGCUUUUCUGAAGGAGCUUCUGAAGCACUCGCACAACAACAACCUAACGGCCAGCCUCAUAGCUACACUCUUUGCCAGCCUCCUCGUCCGUCCCCCUCCCAACCUGAUGGGCAGGCAGACGCCACACGAACGUCAGAAAUCCAUCGACUUCAUCCUGGGUUUCCUGAUGGCGGGAGACGAGGAAUGACCGAGAUCGAUGGCACCUCGAGACGUUGGUCGGGUUUGGAGCUGAUUCCCAACUUGGUUUGAAUUAAUGGUAUUUGGUCACCGAUUGGAGACCAGUGCAGCGGUUUUGCACCCUAACUAUUCACAAACUCUCGUGCAAGAGGAACUCAAGACUUCAUAAGACUGUGGUGAUUUUACCAAGUGACGUAUCUUCAGUCUGUUCCCAGAAUGACCACUCACUGGAUUUGGAAGCACUUGGAUAGGUUUGAACUGAUGCCUGUGCACUUUCUUAUGACCCUAAGGCCCUGUGUCUCCAGACUAGAGUUGUCCUCGUCCUCAGCGGACACUUCUUAGUGGAGGUGUUGAUACCAAAACAACCCCUGAACAGUGAUUGGUAAGAAUGUGAAAACACUAUGUAUCUGUAGAUGCUAAGCGAAGGCGCAGUUACACUAAAGAAAAGGAGAUUUCCUAAAGUUUUAAGACGUAGACUGAAUGAUAGUAUAAAGCAAAGGGUUUAUAAUGAGAUAAUUUUGGAAAUGAUUCACUAAGAAUGUUUAAGCUUUAGAUCAAUCAUGAAAACCAUACGUUUAAUCUGAGGGGACAAUAUUAUAGAAAUCUUCAAGAACUAUUUUACUAUACUCAUUGUAUUUGAUCUGUUAUUUAUAUAUAGUUUUCUUUGCACCAUCGAAACGGUUUCUUUUUUCUACUACAUUAUAUUAUAUAUACAUAUUUUCAUCUCUGCAUUGUUUUUUUUAGAUAUUCGUCGCUUGUUUUUAAUCAUCAUGUUCUGGAAAACUGUUGUAAAUGUUUGCCGUUUUUGUGCAACUCCAGCCGUGAGCCUUGCAUCUCGUUUUGCCAGUUCCUCUUGAGUUAAGCUACUUGUUUUGUAACACAUUAACUUCCUGGUCAACCGGAAUCAAGUGGGGAGUUGCCCGCCAAGGUUCUUGAUGUCUUAAAUGGUGUAAAUAGUGAUUGUUUCCCUUUUCAAGGGUAUUUGUCGGUAUGGUGACUCAAAUCUGUGAUGUCUAAAGUGUGUCAUGAAGGUGGUACUGUUGAUGUCAGUGUUUUGUUUACAUGUCUUUUUCCUCACUUCUGCCACAUCUUGAAGCUCAUUUCUCGUUGUUUAAGACUGUUGUGCUGCCAAGACACAGCCGUUGUGUACUGAUGGUAAAUCCGGAUGACCGCUACUCUUGUUUUAGGGGCUGCAGUCAUUUCUGUGUGCACACUGUAAAGGAUCUCUGCUCUGCAGGACGCAGUCUUCUUGCACUUUUCUCAUUCGUGCCACUGAGUACAUUCUGUAGUCACUGUUGCGAAACAUGUCAUUGUUAUUGCAAUGAGGAGCUUCUAUUCUGCGUAUAAUGGACCGUCAUUUCCUCUUUAAAAGUUUUCCUCUUUUACAGUUUUAGAGAUGUCAGCAUUAGUUUUCCCAGCCGACAAAAAUAUUCACAUUUUUGACGUUCAUUGUCACAGAGGUUUUCUUCUCGGAUGCUCCACGAGCUUCUGAGGAUUUAAUGUUCUGAGACUAUGAGCACAUUAUGGAAUUUGACAACACUGACAAUCAUGGCACUUAUAGAAAUACCUCUUGGGUGGAAGUUGCUCUAUUCUUCCAGUUUAUUUUCUGCCUGUUUGCCAUCAGUACACUAAAUUCUGAUUGUUUUUUAUUAAGCUGAGCUUUGACAAAAGGUGUCGUGACCCUGAAUGAAUAGUUUCUGGCAAUUCAUAUUUGAGAGAACCAUUUUACAAUAGCCAUUUAUUUUUUUAUUUUGUCUUUAUACUAUCCUAAUUGUGUUAAAAACAUAAUUAAUAUAAUAAAUAACCUCUAAUUUGAAGUGUUGUCUCAUCCCACUGUACCAACUGAUGCAUUUGUGUGGAUCCACUGUGCUUUGUCUUCAGUUGUGUCACAACUGUUCAUGAAGGGACAUUUAAAGGUACAAAAUGAAACACGCCCACCAUGUUUUCAUCUUGUCAGAUUUUUGGUGCUUUUUAAUUUAUUUAACAGAAAUAAAACUGUCUAAAGCUG